CGAGGGUUAAAGCAUUUCUCUGUGGUUCAACAAAGCUAAUUGCCAAGCUGUUAGUACACAUCUGAUAGGAUAUAUAAACUCCAAAUUAAAGAUCAAUCGGGAUGGGGCGGCGGCGAUCGGACAACGACAACUUAUCUUCCCUUGUUCAAGCCAUUCUUGUGAUUGCCAAAAACACUCCUGUUAUUGCUUUGCCUUGCAUCUCCAUUUUAUAUCCUCUGUACUCAUCCGUACAGGCAAUAGAUUCGAGUUCUAGGAAUGAUCUGGAGCAAUGGCUGACAUUUUGGAUGCUUCGUUUUUUCAUCACAUCAUUUGAGAGUACAUUUCCUAUUGAAUGGCUUUUGCUUUGGGACUACCUAAAGUUAGCUGCGAUGUGCUGGAUGGUGCUUCCUUUCUUCAAGGGAACGAAAUACAUUAACAGGAAUCUUAUCCGACCAAUCUUCCAACGUCGCACCAGUUUUUUUGAUAAUCCCAUCCAUUUCUCCGCGUCAACGAUCACCGGACAUGAUGAUUGACCAUAGGUCUAACGAUUGAUCAUUGAUGACUACAGGAGCAGCUCAUUCAUUCAACAGAACCACACCAAUUCAUUCCCAGUAUAUACAGUAUCUGUUUGAAAGAUCGAAGGAUGUAGUCUGUCUUCUAUCAUUUUCCCCAUUUAUGCAGUUAAGGCAUGAUGUAUAAACAAAAUAGAAGUUGGAUGUAUGAUAAAGAUGCGGUAUUGUACGGAAUGCAAUCAAAUUUUCUCGAGGGAGUUGGGGAAUUUAUUGAAUUUGCACUUGAACAUCCGGCUUAUAUGAGUGGUGAUAAAAUAAGAUGUCCAUGUUCAAAGUGUAAAAAUCUCAAAUUUAAAGACCCACACGAAGUUGGGUAUGAUUUGUACGCGGUUGGUUUUGUUCCCAAUUAUUAUAAUUGGACUUCUCACGGCGAACCUUUGGAUCCAUCUGUUAUACCACAAACGGUAGGUUCGUCUCGUUACGUCCCUCCAGAGAUGAGUGCAUGGGGAGACCGUGCUGAAAUGAGGUGGGACCAACAAAUGGUAUAUGACGCAUACGGUGUACCGAUGUCUCAGUUCAACCCCCCACAACCACCUAACGACCCCCCUGAAGCCUCAACCUCGUAUCAACCAGAUGCGGAUGAAAAUCCAACAUUUUAUCAACCUUAUGUGGAUGAAGGUUUGGCUGAGAGAUUUCAGGAUGUUCUAAAAGCUGCCGACCAACCUCUGUAUGCUGAUUGUGAGGAAUACUCUCAGCUAUCCGCCGUUACUGAAUUCAUGAACAUAAAAGCCAAAUACAGUCUCCCUGAAACUUGCAUGAAUAGAGUCUUGCAGUCAGUAGGAGGGAUGCUACCGCGAGAUCAUACCCUUCCGGAUUCAUAUUACCACAUGAAGCAGUUAAUGUCUAAGUUGGGGCUACCUUGUGUUGAAAUUGAUGCGUGCCCGGAAGGAUGUAUGUUGUUCUAGAAGGAGGAUGAGGCACUUGAGUUCUGCAAGUUCUGUGGUGGAGACAGAUACAAACCUGUUCGUCAAGGUAAAAAGAAACCACGACAUAGUUCUGCACUGUCUAAACUGUAUUACCUCCCAAUAGCUCCUCGACUGCAGAGGAUGUACGCUUCGACUGCUACUGCGAAACACAUGACAUGGCAUGUUGAGCACGAAACCAACGAGGGUAUGAUGGCUCACCCUUCGGACUGUGAAGCCUGGAGACACUUUGACCGCUGUCAUCCUCAGUUUGCUAUGGAGCCACGAAAUGUGCGGCUGGGAUUGUGCUCAAAUGGAUUUGCUCCUUUUGGCAGGUUUGGCAAGAACUAUUCAUGUUGGCCGGUCAUGUUAAAUCCUUACAAUCUCCCUCCCGACAUGUGCAUGAAAAGUCAUUUCAUAUUUUUGUCUUUAAUUUGUCCGGGUUCCAAGGAUCCUAGGCGAAAGAUGGACAUUUAUCUCCAACCAGUUAUCGAGGAGAUGAAAGAACUGUGGGCCGUUGGGACACCAACUUAUGAUGUUUCAUCAGAUAAAAUGUUUAUCAUGAAAGCUGCCAUCAUUUGGACCAUUAGCGACUUCCCUGCCUAUGGCAUGCUUUCGGGAUGGAGCACACACGGUUUGAUGGGAUGUCCGAUAUGCAUGGAGAAAUCAGGUGCCAACUGGCUUAGUUACAGCAAAAAAGGAAGUUACUUUGAUUGUCACCGCAAGUUUCUCCCGGAAAGGCACCGAUAUCGAAAGGACAAGAAGUCUUUCAUUAGAGGCAGAGCGGUACGAGAGAGCCCACCCCCGAGAUUGACCGGUGAAGAAAUUUAUAACCGGGUUCGACGUUUUCCUACGGCUAUGGAAGAGCCAAACCAAGAGCCAUAUGGGUAUUGUGAUACCCAUAAGUGGACAAAGAGGAG